AUGUCUGCUGCUGCUCCCAAGACCCCGAUUUGGCUCGACUGCGAUACCGGCCAUGAUGAUGCUUACGCACUUCUUUUGUGUGCCCAUGACCCUCAAGUCGAGCUGCUUGGUGUAAGCACAGUUCACGGCAACGCUGCGCUCGACCAGACGACCUACAACACUAGGGCGGUACUCGAAGCCGUUGGUAGGCGCGAUGUCAAAGUAUACUCUGGCGCAGCGAAACCGAUUACCCGCGAUGCUGUACACGCAGCCGAUAUCCAUGGCGAAUCCGGGCUAGAUGGAGUCACAUUGCUUCCAGUGCCAGUUGAGCCAGCAGCCACCGAUGUCGACCAUCUCGAGGCCGCAUACCGGGCACUCAUUGCUACACCCCCGGACACUGCCUGGCUAGUUUCCACAGGUACCCUGACCAACAUUGGCUUGCUGUUCCAGAAAUACCCCGAUCUUGCAGGCCACAUCAAAGGCCUCAGCAUCAUGGGAGGAGCUGUCGGCGGAGGCUUCACAGAUGCACCAAUGGGUAAAGUAGAAGGCGAGGGAGAGAGGUUUGGCAACUGGACCCCCUACGCUGAGUUCAACAUCUACUGCGACCCCGAAGCCUCGCACCUCAUCUUCUCCAACCCCAUCCUACGCCCCAAAACAACCCUCAUCCCCCUCGACCUCACCCACCAAGUCCUCGGCACCCGCAAAGUCCGGCAAACCCUCCUCUACGGCUCCGGAAUCUGGGACACGUCUUCACGCACAUGCGAAAAAGAUGGUCCGACACCAACCCCCUUGCGCGCCCUCUUCACGCAGAUAAUGUCCUUCUUCGCCUCGACCUACGCCGACGUCUUCUCCAUCACCCAAGGACCGCCUUUGCACGACCCCCUCGCCGUCUCCGCAGCAUACAACCCGCGCAUCUUCGACGACCGAGACGGCGAGCGCUUCCUCGUCGACAUCGUCACCGACGGCCUUCACUCGUCUGAUCAAGCCCUCGUCGCCGAGCUCGGCAGGACUAAAGUCACCAAACUGCCCCCCGGCCACCCUGGCUGCAGGAUCCCCCGAGCAGUCGACCUCGACGCUUUUUGGGCCUCCAUCGAGACUGCCCUCGCAACUGCGGAUGCUGCUAGUCCAUUGCCUACUGUCCAGCCUGCCGACUUGGAGCGUGCCGGCGUUUAUGAGGGCGUCGGCACGCCUUGGUGA